GACCCCUGCGGUGAUUUGGAGCUCGCAUGGGGAUGGCUCCAGGGCUUCACAUCCCAUCAGGAUCUGCCCAAGUGCCCCCUUUUCCUCCUUCCCUUCAGGGAUGCAGCCGGCUCCGCGAGCUCUCCAUCCGCCUGUUCCGGGUCCUGCUGCAGUCGGUGCUUGGCGGUGACAGGAGGAGGAUGAGGAGCAAAAUCUGGGAUCUGCUGCUCCCGCUCUUCUUCCGCAUGAGCGACCAAAGCUGCAGCGUGGCCGAGGCUUCCUGGGAAGCUCUCCUUGCUGCGGCGACGCUCCUGGGAUGGGAAGAGCUUCGGCGCCUAUUGGAGACGAGGCAGACGUGGAGGGUUGCAGAGUGCUUGCUGGAGCGGAGCAGGAAGAGGGCUAAGGGAUACCUGGACCAGAGCCUGCGGUACCUGCAGGAUGCUCAGGUCCCCUUGCAAGAGGCAGCCGUCAGGUUCAUUGGAUUGGCUGCACGGCCCCUAAGAGGGAAAAGCCCAGGGAAGCUGGAGCAGAUCUCCAGAGCCCUGGAAGCGCUGCUGGAUGAGGAUGAUCCCGGCCUCCGUUCCCUGACAGCACAGACCCUGCUCAUCCUCAGGAAAGCACCGGAGCGGCGGAGCCUGGGAUACUGCCUGCGGGUGCUCUCCUGCUGCGGAUGCGCAGUUAUCGUUUAG